CUCUUUUCUGUCAAGAGUCUGAUCAUUGUACAGCCCAUCCUACUCCACUUCUUAUUUCCACCCCUUUAUCUCCCAAGUGGGACGAGAAGAGGAGAGAGAUAAACUGAUCUCUCUAUCCUUCCUGACUCUCUCCUCGCCUGUGCUUCGUGGUCUGACAGCCAUCCGCCGUACAGAUGAUGCCCACAAACUCAUCAAAAAGCGACGUGCAUUCUCGCCAUCAACUGGACCACAAAAUAACCCCACGUCACGAUGAGUACACCGUCGGGUGGAUAUGCGGCUCGCCUCUGGAUACAGUAGUUGCGACAAUGAUGUUGGAUGAGCUACAUCCACAGAUGUCGCAAAAGUUUUCGGCUAUAGAUCAUGUUUUCCUUGGAAGAAUUGGAGUUCACAACAUCGUUAUUGCUCGUUUACCGUUGAGCAAAUGCGGUGAUACUCAGGCAAUUGCAGCUUUGGAAAGGGAGAUGUUCUCGACUUUUCCUGCCAUCCGCUUUUCUCUUGCAGUCGGUAUCGGAGGUGGCGUACCAAGGAGCAGCGCCGAUAUUCGAUUAGGCGAUGUUGUAGUGAGCCAGCUAACAGGCAAAUCUGGAGGGGUGAUCAGGUACGAUCUUGAUAGAGCAUCACGCAGGGUCUAUUUCCACCGGACCGGAUCGCUGAGUGAGAUCCCUGAAUAUCUGUCAAAUGCUUUAGUUACCCUCCAAACCGAUCACGGCCUUAGGGAGCUUAUGGGGCGUGAAAUCACCAAAAAUAUGGCUGAGAUUCAAAGAAAAGUAUCUUCUUUCGGCAAGUCCUUGAGACCAGAAGAGGACCGUCUAUUUCAAGCUGAAUAUGAACAUCUCGCACCCGGUUCGUGUGCGAAUUGCGAUCGAUCCAAGUGGGUAAUACGACCUGAACGAGAGCAGGAUAAGCCUGUCAUCCACUAUGGAUCCAUUGCGUCUGGGGAUCAAGUGAUGAAAAAUAGCCAACUUCGAGAUCAUAUAGGCCAGGUGCUAGGAGUCCUCUGUGUCGAUGUGGGGACCACAGGUCUCAUGGGUAUCGUUCCAUGCCUGGUCAUUCGGGGCAUCUGUGACUAUGCAGACUCUCACACAAACAAGGCUUGGCAACAAUAUGCAGAAGCUGCGGCUGCGGCCUAUGCAAAGGAGCUUCUAUUGAUGGUUCCAGCUCCACGAACAACACAAUCUGCGACUCGACCCCUUUCUAUGAUGUUUCCGCCGCCCCAAGCAAUAGGCAUCAAUAAGAGUGGAUAUAGCAAUCCAACCCGGGAAUGGAGUGGACUAAGGGAAAGUACCCUCAGUGCGCCGCCAACGGAUUCUGGAUAUGCAUCUACUACCCACCAAAAGAUUCCACGCCGAGAUGAAUAUCACACAGAACAUGACAAUAAUGUUCAAAGCUUAGUGUCUGGCGAAGAGAGAUUCCCUUAUCCUCCGGCGGCAGCUAGCCCGAGAAAGGCAGAAGACGACCACGGCGAAGACACUGAAUCUAUCUAUACAACUAAGUCUAGCAUUUCCCCUUCAGAUAAGCAGCUCUAUAUUUCUGAAUUGGUCAAUGAUUUGUUCAGAAAAGCCCAGUAUGAUCAAGAUACCCGAAACCUUCGGGAAAGAAUUUACGGUAUUCUUCCUCAACUUCUUAAAGCUUUUGCAAUGAGAUUUGGUCAAUCAGGCUCGACUCAGAUACACAGGGAUAUAAUGGUGUUCAUCCGUCGACAUAGAAAUGAAAUUGCGAAUGGGCUGAGAAUGAAGUACCUAGAAGAUCAGACUGAAACCUAUGUGUCCACACAUGACGACACCAAAAUGGAAUUAGGCGACCUCAUGGAUCUCUGGGACCAACAUCUAGAGGAUGCAGGUGAUGAUCUUGCCGUUCCACAGUUCGACAGUGGGGCAGUGAAUUCAGACGUUGACGAAGAUAUACCAAUUGAAGAUGGUGAUGAAAAUCUCCCUGAACAUACGAAAUAUUGGGACUUGAUUACCGGCAGCCCAGUGUAUGAAUGGCUAAUUGGAAAUCUUCGGAGGAAACUUCACCUGCACCCAGCAGAGCCAAAUGUUCAAGAUGGUAUUCGCGACCGAAUCCUGGAGAUCCUCCCGUCAUCCCGAAGAGUCAGUCGAUAUGACCAGCCAACAAUAUAUCAGGUAGUAUUCAUUCUCAAUUGGGAUCCCGCGUCUUUUGUCGCAGAGCAGGAGUAUGACAUAAGUAAAGAAGGCUUCCUUGAGAAGAUAAUCACGAUUACAGGGUCCAGUGAGGACGCUCAAGCAAUGACUUGCUUGCAAUACCUCCAGCAAACAUGGCAUUCAUAUGGUUCCGAUAUCCUUCAGCUAGUCGAGGCUACACUGCUUAGUGAGCGUGACUAUAAACACAGCUGUACACUGCCAGACAAUACACAACUCGCGGUUUGGACGAAUGAAAAGGAGUUUCUAGUUGAAGUCACUGGGAUAGAGAGUUCAAUUACAGAGAUUGGGGAACAACUUGCGUGGCUAGGCUCUGCUCUCCGUUCCUCGCCCCACGACUCUAGGAUAUUGUACUGCACACCGUUCAUCAACAGCGCCAGCCCUUCUCCAGAACCCCCCCAGGCCAAAAAGCGCGAGUCCCGUGCUGGGACUCGUAAUGUGACGUCGCUAUCUACUGAACAGCUGGAGAGGAAGCGCGCCAACGAUCGGGAAGCCCAAAGAACCAUUCGUCAGCGGACCAAGGACCACAUUGAACGGCUGGAGCACCAAGUGGCCGAGUUGAAAGUCAAGGGGGAACACCGACGGAAUGUGGCGUUGGAACAAGAGAUUCGAGCUUUGAAGCAUCAGCUCGCCCGAGCUAGUAGACAGGAAUAUCCGGGUAUGAGUUAUAAAGAUGCAUCAAACUCAAAUCCACAAGCAGCAGCUAUCACACGGGUAUUAUGCGGUAUUGAUUUCAAGUGUGAGGAUCAGGAGCAAACGAGCUCGUCGCCGCUCCUGGGACAAUGCUGGCAUCACUUGUUCCGAAACCCCACAGUGGUGAUGGGCUUCCCAAUACCAUACCGCUCCAGACAAAAUACUGGCCUUGAAAUCCCGCUCAACAUUUUGGCUGGUCUAGCCCAAGCAACGCAGGUGGAUGUUUUUAGAGAUAAGCUAUUCAUCAAAGGAUUUUCUAGCUUAUUGAUUCCGACAGAGUACAUCCGAGAUCAGGAUCAGAUGAUGUGGCACCUACGUUAUAAUGUGCAUGGAGAUCGCAUUUCGUAUCUGGAUGGCAUUGGGGCUCAUGUCGGACACAUCACACUAGCCGAUUUGGAGUCGAGCCGACAUAUUCUUGGUUGGUGUUCAGACGCAAAAUUAUAUACCGGCGCAACAGAUGCUAGUUAUUCGAUCAAUCGAUCUUGGUUGGGGCCACCGUCCGCUCGCUGCAGCUUAAACAACACAUUGAUCACGGCAGGCAGGCUAAUCACAGGCGGUGACCCGGCAAUAUAUGGCAACAGAGACAUACCGUAUCGACUAAUUAGGGAUGAGUACAUUGAAAAGCUCUCGUGGAUUGCCAGACAAUAUGUGGUAAUGUGGGAUGCAGGAGCCAAACGGGGGUGGUUGGUGAAUGGAGCCUGCGCUCUAUUGCACCUUCUUUUUGCUUCCCUAUAUUUCAACAGAACUGAUCCACUCGGUUUUGCAUUCCAGUUAGAUCUUACCGACAUUAAAGUCCCAGAGAACACAUUCAACCCAAGCUCUGCAAUGGAGGUUUUGUUGAACCCUGAUAACCUUACUCUGAAACUGUACCACGCGAAACAGAGCGAACCAAGUGAGGCAACUUUACCUCCGGUACGAAUUCAAGAUAGAGUCGAUCGUUUGUAUAACAUGCUCGAGAAGAUCAUGGAUCAUCAAGCAGAGAUCAUGGGGGCAGGCGGCGGAGCGUCACUCAAUAUUUCCAGGGGAAACCUGGAAGGAUGGGAUUUCAAGGAUUUAGCGACCCAGGAAGACCCGUUGUAUCCUCGGCUUUGUAAGUUGGGGAUAAGAGGGAAAAGCUGGGUUGACUUCACUAGAGAUAUUCGUGCGGCAGUGCUAUUCGGGACGGGGUUUGGUGAGAUUCUUCGCCCGGUUGAUAACGACCAACUAUGCCCAUACUGGAGCAGAUUGCCAGAAGGUAAAUCUUACCUUGCAGUCAGUGGGUAUGAUCUUACCAAUAUCAUCGAUCGGUUUGGAAAUCCACAUAGUAGACCAGUCCGACUGACCCGCAAUUUGAUUUGGUGCAACUGCCUAGACAAUGGCCCCCCAGCUUGCAAGUGCAUUGGACUCCCGGAACAGACAGAGCAUUCCGAACUGGCACAAGUAAUCCUGCCUUCACACUUCAAAAGGAGAAUACCUAAGCCGAAUUCCGUUCGACUAAGCGAUUGGAGCCAUGGUGCGAUAUUAUUUGGUUACAACAGAGACUUGCGGUGGACCUGGAACGACACCGGCUACCCUGAACAGAAAGACGUCUUGUCAUACUCAGGUGAUUCGGGGUCCGAUUCAGACGGCGACUUCCAAGACUCAGGACUUGGAACAAGCCUGACCCCUGCCACUGCCGAUGGUUCCAGGAGACUGUCAUUGUCAAGGUCCCCGUCUGGAGGUAUUACUUACGAGGACUACGAGGUAGGCAUUGUGUGUGCGCUGCCCAAAGAACUUCUUGCCGUCCGCGCAUUGUUCGAUUCAACCCACCCUGACCUCGAAAAAGACCGAAAUGACCCUAAUUGCUAUUGUCUCGGACGGAUGAAAGAAUUCAAUGUGGCUGCUGCUGGUCUCCCACACGAUGAUUAUGGCACGAAUUCCGCCACGAAUGUUGCUUCUCAUUUGAUCCGAACUUUCCCGCGAGUGAAGUUCUGCCUGGUCGUUGGUAUCGGAGGGGGAGUACCUUCUGCAAAUCGGGACAUACGGCUUGGUGAUGUCGUCGUCGGUACCGGGGUGCUACAAGGUGAUAUGGGGAAAUGGAUCCAGAACUCCGAGUUUAAGAUGACGGCACAGAAACAACAACCACCACCCUAUUUACGAGCAGUCAUCACGAAAAUCCAGUCCAAUGGUUUCAUUUCCUUCGAGUCCGCUUUGAACCCGCUCCUUGACGAUCUUGAUCUGAUUGCCUCAAUGCAACCGAAAUACUUAUACCCAGGCGCAGACAAAGACAUGCUAUUCGACGCAGGUGACGUGCACGUUGAGACGGAACCAAAUUGUGACAAGUGCAUCGGCAGCCGAAGUCCAAGGACUCGACAGCAUGACGGCCCAAGCGUUUUCUACGGUCUUAUCGCAUCUGGUAAUCAACUCGUUCGAGAUGCAAGAUACCGAGACCGCCUGGGACAGGAAAAUGUGAUCUGUGUUGAGAUGGAGGCGGCAGGGGUCAUGAGAACCACCACCGACUGCCUUGUCAUUCGGGGCAUAUGCGAUUAUGCCGACUCGCAUAAGAACGAUCAGUGGCAGGAGUAUUCCGCUGCCACGGCGGCCGCUUACGCCAAAUUUUUCCUGUCUCAUAUGCGCGAAAGCGCUCAUGACUUCGCCGUCCGAGUUCCAUCACGGUUGGAAGCUCCGACGGGGUCAGUACACUUGCAGAAGGAGAAGCGGGCUGCAUCAUGUGCUGUCUAUGAGCAGCAUGUGGAGCUCAAGAGAUCUCGACGAUACUGAACUCUAAUCCAUUGCUGAUAGAGGUCGAUCUAGACGAGCUCCAGAUGUCGCCAUAAUCCAAGGAACGAUCAGAGGUGAUAAUGCCAGAGUACUACGGUUCUACGUGUUUUGAAUGGCAGCAAGACGAACAAUUGACUCGAUAUGUACAUUCUUAAUUUGGGGUUUUCAAUAGAGACUCCUAUCAUUAAGGGGUAAUUUUCUUCGAGCCUCCGUUUCAACUCGUUGAUGGUCAUGCAAACUUUCUAAGUCUAUCUGAUGCUUCUUAGCUGGAGAUGUACAUCUGUUGGUG